AUGAUUCGUUUCAUCCUGAUCCAGAAUAGGGCAGGAAAAACCCGACUUGCAAAAUGGUAUAUGCAUUUUGAUGACGAUGAAAAGCAGAAACUGAUAGAAGAAGUCCAUGCUUGCGUUACCGUUCGAGAUGCUAAACACACGAAUUUUGUAGAGUUUCGAAAUUUCAAGAUAGUCUACCGGCGUUACGCAGGAUUAUACUUUUGCAUCUGUGUCGAUAUAAUGGAUAAUAAUCUUUAUUACUUAGAAGCUAUCCACAAUUUUGUAGAAGUUCUUAACGAAUAUUUCCACAACGUUUGUGAGUUGGAUCUUGUUUUCAAUUUUUACAAGGUUUACUCGGUCGUUGAUGAGAUGUUUCUUGCUGGUGAAAUUCGUGAAACGAGUCAAACCAAGGUGCUCAAACAGCUGUUGAUGUUGACUUCAUUGGAAUAG